UGUUGGGCGCGUCUGCAUAUAACAUUAACCCAAAAUGGUGACUUGUUAUCGUCAGGUGUGUUAAAUGUUAUGGUCAGGUGUGUCAAAAGGGAUUUUGUUGGAAGAAAUAUAAUGUCAUCACCGUUGAUACCAAUGAAUACUGUAACAUGAAUGGUCAUAACAUGAAUGGUUUUGAGGAUUCCAUGGACUGUGGUUCAGACAGUGAACGGACCAAGUGUGAUCAGAAUGGAAAACCACAUUCAAAACUUACAAGGGGUGAGAAGUCCCGAAUUGCAGCAAAAUGUCGUCGGGACAAGGAAAACAUUGCGAUGAAUGACCUGAUAUCAGAACUGCCAAUUGCAGACUCCGUCCUACAAAAGAUGGACAAGGCAGCGGUGAUCAAACUGGCCAUCUGCUACCUGAAAAUCAAGCACUUUGUACAGAAAGAUCUUGCCACCUAUGGAAAUCAUGGGAUGAUAGAACCUGCAAAAAGACCCAGUAUGCCUCAGUUACCAGUAAACAAUGGGGAGUCCAGGCUGAUGCUGGAGGCAUUGAACGGGUUUCUGAUCUUUAUCACCAAGAAGAUGACCAUCAAGUUCAUAUCAAGCACUGUGCACGACCAUCUCGGGUUGAAACAGGAGCGUAUGAUUGGUCGCAGUGUCUUGGAGUACAUCCACACCAGUGACCAGCACGAGAUCAGCAGGCAGUUUGCUGAUGACAAGGGGGACCACUCUCAAAGCAACGGUCGACCUGGUGAGUUCAUGUUCAGUAUGAUUAUAUAUGAGCCUCGUUCUGGGAAAACUGGGCUUAAUGCAUGUGGGCGAAGUGCGGUCGCAGAUUAG